ACACUGCUCAAAAACAAAUAUUUACAUGGUGUUACCGCAAACCUCUCUUAGUUCUUCCACUCUGUUUGGAAAUUCAUCCCAGGAGUAAUUACUAUCCAACUCAAUAAUACCUUGGCCCCAUCUUCUGUUGUGUCUUUUUUAUUAUUAUUACUGGUUUAUUUAUUCAACAAUAUAAAAUAAAUUUAAAAAAAACACUGGCAAUAAAAAACUUAAUUGCUGUCUUAAAUUUACAAUUUGACAGUAAAUACAAUAAAUAGAUAGUUAAAUAUAAUUCGACUAUACAACACAGCAAACAUUAAAUUUCUGAAAAACUGCAUAAUGCUCCAGCACACAUACUCGCGUGUUACAUUUGUAUUUUCAUUCCUCGUUGAUAGUUCAUAAACACAAUUAAACUUUGACAUAACGGACAUUAAAUUGUACUGAUGAUAAUACAGUUUAUCUAUCUCAUGAAUUAAUUUAUCUGGUGGUUUACAGAGUCAAUGGUUUUGUAAAGACCAUUGUUUGGGAUUGUUUUGUUUCUUUAUGACUAAUCUCCUUACUGAUUGUGUCUAUAAUAUGAUAGUUCCAAAUAUAAGUCUUACGGGUAACUUUCUAGACUGUUUCAGCUCUAUUUGGUUUCUGUUGAAUAUUGAUUUGGCAUUUUUUUCAGUAAAUUCUUAAAUAAAUUCAUUUCCAGUUGAGCAUAGCAUAAUAUGAAAAUUUCGGGUUCCACUCUACAUCUUGCUUUAGUAUUUUUUUACCAGAAUGAAUAUUAACUAGCCUUAAAAUAAAAUUAAAAAAAGCUUUUGAAAGUUAACCCCUUUUUUAAUGUAUUUUGUAUAUUAAAAAAUUGCAAUUUUAUCCCACAACUAGCUAAUCUUUCUCUCUUUUACAGAAUCGUUGAAAAAUCGGUAAAAAUAAUAACCUUCUCGCGUAUGAAGCUAGAAACUCCUUUAUAGUCUGUUCUAUCCUAUCUCCUAUGGUAUAACGAUCAUUAGAAGUGGGCAUGUGCAAACAAAAAGGACUAUUUUUUAUCCCCUGCAAAACUUUUAAAGUUUUCGGCACCACCACCACAAAGUUGUGAAACUACGCCCUCUUGUGCACAAACCUUAGGUUGACUAAAAAAUGGGUGGGGCUAUUACUUAAGUGCGUGGGCCGAUACAAGUGUACACUGUAUGGAACCCAUGAUGCAUGGUGUGCAUUUAUUAUGCAUGGGAUGCUGCACUUUUCAUACACCGCCCCCAUAUUCCAUGAUCACACACAGUGUGCUGACCACCAUCAGUUCGCGCCGUAUGUGCUUCGGGGUAGCACGGCCAGCAAGUUGAAGGUGUUGGUUGGCUUGUUGCAAACUUCGGGGAAUUUGUUGCUUCUUUUCCUUUUCUCCUUUAGUUCUAACUUGCCACAGGCGACAGUGGAUUCGUUGACAUUCUUCCAGGUUCGACGGCGAGGACUGUUCUUGUUGGUGGGGGUCGUCCUUUCUGUGGAUUGGAAGUUGUUUCGGACCGGACUCUGGUGGUGAAAACUUCUGGCUAGCUCUUUCUUUGCGAAGUUGAAGAAGGCCAGAGCACGGCAAACGUGCGAGGCUAAAACUCCAACAGCAAGAUGUCGCUGACUGUGGUUGUUUCCAAUGCCACGAACCUGCCGAACAUCGAGAAGUUUGGGAAGAUAGACCCACUUGCCAUUGUCAAAUUUGCAGGAUCAAAGAAUGAGACCAAGAAAAUCAGUGAUGAGCUGAAUCCAACAUGGAACGAGACGUUCACGUGGGAUCUUAAAGGCAAACCGCUCACAUCAGCAGACUCUCUUGAAGUAGAAGUCAAAGACCAUGAAAAGAUUGGACGCAACCGAUUGCUCGGAACGACAACCAUUCCCCUCCGUGACCUGCUCCAGUCAAAGAGUGGCUCCUUAAAUAGCACCUGGAAACUCUUAGAUGGCAACAAACGACCGACAACGGGAGAAAUUGCACUACAAAUAAAAUAUGCCCCACCCCCGGGGGCUGAAGGACCUGCAAAAGGAGGCGGCGGAGGAGGAGGAGGAGCCAGUGCUGCUGCAGCAGACGGUGAUGCAGAUGAAGGAGACGAGGAUGAGGAUGAAGACGGUGGUGGUGAUGACGGUGGCGGUGGUGAUGGUGGUGAUGGUGGUGAUGAUGAUGGAGGCGGAGGAGGAGGAGGAGGCGGCGGUGGAGGAGGGAUUGCUGGAAUACGUAAGAAAAAGAAACGUCGAGGCAAGCUCUCCAAGAAGCCUCAAGACUUCCAAGUUCGUAUCAAGGUGUGGGAAGCUCGACAACUGGCUGGGGGCAACAUCCAUCCUGUUUGUAAAGUCACCGUCUCUAACCAGACUAAGAUGAGCAGAGUUAAGAAGUCUACCAACAGACCAUAUUGGGAUGAGGUAUUCUUCUACAACUUCCAUGCAAGUCCAGCCGAACUGUUUGAUGAUGUGAUCGACUUUCAGGUAUACAAUUCCCGCAAGCUUCGUAGCGAUGCCCUGAUCGGUAACUUUGAGUUGGACAUCGGUACGGUGUACGAGGCUGAUAAUCACUGUAUACUCAACAAGUGGCUGCUCCUGUCCAAUGCCGAGGAUGCUAACGCUGGUGCUAAGGGAUACAUACUCGCCUGUAUGAGUGUACUGUCACAGGGUGACGAAGCAACUGUUUUCAAGAAAUGUGACGAUUCUGAUGACAUAGAGACCAAUUUGCUUCGACCAGCCGGCAUGCAGUUGAGGAAAGGAAUGUUCAACGUAAAAAUCUACCAUGCAGAAGAUAUACCACAGAUGGACGCUGGCUUCUUCGAGGGGAUCAAGAAUAUCCUUGGAUCGGGAUCUGAGAAGAAGGAGUUAGUGGAUCCAUACCUGAUCGCUUCCUUUGCUGGCAAGAAGGUGAAGACUGAUGUGAAGUACACCAAUGACCAUCCAGAUUGGAACCAGGAGCUCAAAGUACCAAUCAGGUUCCCGUCAAUGUGUGAACGUGUGAAGUUUCAAAUGAGAGAUUGGGAUCGAGUUUCCGCUGAUGACUACGUAGGAACAACCUUCCUUGAUAUUGGAGCUAUAUCAUCCCCAGGAGAAGAAGGUUUCCUGCCAACAUUUGGACCGUGUUUUGUCAACUUCUACGGGUCGACCCGUGAGUUCUCUGAGCUCCCAGACCAGUAUGAGGAUCUCAAUAUGGGAAAGGGUGAAGGAGUUGCUUACCGUGGGCGUGUCCUGGUCAGCAUCGACACCAAACUAGGCGAACAUCCCGAGGAACAAGUACAAGAAAUACCGCACCAAGACGUCCUGCGCGUCCAGAAGUAUCUACGCCGUCGCAAGUACCGCCUCUACGCCAGCUUCAUCGACGCCACCAUGGUCAGCGAGAGCGACGACCCCGUGGAGUUUGAGGUCAGCAUCGGUAACUACGGCAACAAGCUGGACGAGAACUGCGCCCCGCAGGCAUCAACCACGCAGCCGACCAAUGCCGUGUACGACGGUUGCCAGUUCUACUUCCUGCCGUGGGUUGAGAACAAGCCGUUGGUGGUUAUCAACUCUGAUUGGGAAGAUAUCAGCUUCAGGUUGGACACGCUCAACAUCGUACUACGCAAAGUGGAACGUCUGACGGCGAGCCUGAACAAGGUAAAGACUAGUAUCAAGGCAGGAGCCCCACCAGCUGAGACCGCUGCCCAGCUCAUUGGUAUGAUAGACGCGUUGGUCGCUGACUGCAGGACUCCACUACCAGCUAUGGAUGCGACCAAAGACAAGACCAACAUCCUUGACCAGCGUCGGUACGACACCCGCGUGGCUUGCAUGAACACCAUCGUGGAGGAAGCAACUAAACUGAGAGAGAAUGCUACCGAUGUUAACGAGGCCCUGGAAGAAAUUCAAGGCUAUUUGCACAUCCUACAAGAUUUAGCUGUUGAGCCUCAAAACAGCAUGCCUGAUGUGAUAGUAUGGAUGAUCAGUGGCAGUAAGCGUAUUGCCUUCCAUCGUAUACCAGCCUAUGACUUGUUGUAUUCCUCCAGUCACCCCGAUGCCUGCGGUAAACUCUGCGGAAAACUCAACAGCAUCUUCCUCAAGGAACCAGAAACACCAGAAGCACCACCGAGGGCGCCAGAGCAGCUGCCAGCAAUGUUUGCUGGUAAGAGUUCCAUGAACAUUGGAGCCAAGAAGAUUCCUGCCAUGUUACGUAUGAAGCUUUGGCUCGGACUGGAGGGAGACUCUGAACAAUUCCAGCUGGGAAUGACUGACGCUUCCAUCGCUGUCUUCGCUGAAACAUAUGAGAAUCAGAUGAGUAUCCUUGGCAACUGGACAAGCAGAGCCUUACCGAGACCCAAGUUCUCUGAUGUAACCGGCAAGAUCAAGUUGAAGAAGGAAAGCUUCAAAGUACCAGAAGGAUGGCGCUGGGAGGGAGACUGGUUUGAGAGCCCAGAACUCAGUCUGUUGUAUGACGCCGACGCUGGGAUGUCCAAGUUCUUGGAGGAUGUGUACGAACAUGAAUCCAGAAACAUUCCCGGUGGCUACUGGGGACAAUCCUCCGUUCCAUUCACCAAUGUGAAAGGAGACGCUUGCGGAGCCCGUGAGGAGAUGAAAGCGCCAGAGGGCUGGGAUUGGGAGGAUGCUUGGGCACUGGACAUCAACAGAGCAGUGGACGAGGAAGGUUUUGAGUACUGCGUUGAGGCCACCAUGGCAAGCUGGGGAGCUGUAGAGAAGACAUACCAUCUGUGUCGACGUCGGCGCUGGGUCCGAUCAAGAGUCCUUGUAGUGGAUCCCAAAUCACUCCAAAAAAAGAAGAAGGAUGUGGGAGCAUGGGAGUUUGCUCCACUCUUCAACAUGAAGUUCCACGCCACGGAGCGCAAAAUGGACUUGGUACGUCGCAAGCGAUGGCAUCGUAAAAUGGUGGCAGAGACACCAGGAGCAAAGGCUGUAUUCGACAUGGGACAGGAUGAUGACAGCGAUAGUGAAGAGAGUAAGGCCAACCUGUCUGCUCCUAGAAUGUUCGUCAACUUUAACCAAACCAACAAGUAUCAACUGCGUGCGUACAUCUACCAAGCCAGGGACCUGACUGCAGCAGACUCUGACAGCUUCUCUGAUCCCUUUGCCUUUGUGAGCUUCCUCAACCGAAGUCAGAAGACGCAAAUGAUCAAGAAGACUCUAUGCCCUCAUUGGGAUCAGACGUUGAUCUUCGAUGAGAUCGAUAUACCUGGAGAUCCCAAAAUCCUGGCUGCCAAUCCACCAGAUAUCGUUGUAGAAGUCUUCGAUGAAGAUACAUUCGGCAGUGAUGAGUUCAUGGGUCGUGUGGUGAUGAAACCGAUGGUGAAACUGGACAGCGCUGAUCAACGUGUAUCUAGACUGGCUUGGUAUACUCUAUGUAAAGGAGAAGGCACUGCUGGUGAACUACUGGCCUCUUUCGAACUCUUCCUCAUGUCGGAGACGUCUGAUUUGCCGUUCAUGCCACCAUCUAGAGGAGAUCUUUUCCUGGUUCCCAAUGGCAUCCGUCCUGUUAUGCAGAAGACUGGUGUGGAGUUCCUUUGUUGGGGUGUACGCAACAUGAAGAAGUUCCAGCUCUCGGCGGUGACGUCACCGUGCAUCGAGUUUGAAAUCGGCGGCAAGAUCAUCUCAUCCAAGGUCAUCAAGAACACCAAGAAGAACCCCAACUUUGAUUCUCCACUGCUCUUCAUGCAAGUGGACCUGCCCAAGGAAGAGUUGUACACUCCUCCUAUCAACGUCAAAGUUCGUGACCAUCGCGCCUUUGGACGUAAACCUAUUGUCGGCGUGGCGGUCAUCAAGAAGCUGGCAGAGUACCGAGUCAUUCCAGCCCUGACCAACGGCGCAGCAUUGACUGACCAACCCACUGAGAACGGAGUUUCAGAUGAGGGGUCACAGGAUUUAUCAACAGCUGCUGAUGGCCCCCAGGAGGACACCAAGCUUCUGGAUGGAAAAGACCCACCUUUUGGAGAGAGUGAUGAAAUGUCGCCCGAUGUUGUGGCUGCAAUGAUGGGCGACCUAUUAAGCCAAAGCGUCGAGAAAUUAGCUGUGAGCGCACGUCACAGAGAAGAAGUACCCCCUGGUCGUAAGUCACCAGGUACGGCAGGUACCCCCGGCGGCAGCACAGCGAGUAGCACCGGUGCCGUAGAGACCGAUCAUGUGGUCAUCAUGCCGGAGGAAGAGCCGGCCGUCGAGGGUGCGCCCGGUGAGAUUGCCCCCAUCAAGAAAGUUAAGAAGAAGUUCAAACGAAUGGUGGCUUUCGGUAAAAAGCAAAUCAAAUAUGUACAGCUUAAUUCGUCCGACUCGGAUGUACGAUUCAUUCCGGAAGUGAAUGAAGAUGAGAUUGACUGGUGGUCCAAGUACUACGCUUCCAUCGGAGAAGUAGAGAAGUGCGGCGACUAUCUACAGAGAGGAUAUGAUACACUACAGCUGUACCAAGGCCCACUGGAGAAGGUUGAACCCUACAAUGGAUUCAACGACUUCUGCAACACCUAUGAACUCGGCCGGGGGAAGGCCAGUGAAUCAGAUGAUGAAGAAUCAAGCGGUGUUGGGGAGUUCAAGGGUCUGUUCAGGAUUUAUCCCUUACCGGGUGAUCCUAAAUCCCCACUCCCACCAAAGGUCUUCAAGCAUCUUCCAUCCAGUGCCCCAGUAGAGUGUGUAGUCCGUGUGUACUGCAUCAAAUGCAUUGAUCUUCAGCCACAGGAUCCCAACGGGCUGUCCGAUCCGUAUCUGAAAGUACAGCUGGGCAGGAAGAAGAUCAACGAAGAUGACAAUUACAUUCCUAACACACUCAAUCCUGUCUUCGGAAGUAUGUUUGAAAUCAAGACGUUUCUACCAGUCCACAAGGAUCUGACUGUGUCGGUCUGGGACCAUGACUUAUUGAGCAAAGAUGACAUUAUCGGCGAGACGGUCAUCGAUCUGGAGAAUCGGUUCCUGACCAAGUACCGAGCCAGCUGUGGACUUCCAAACACAUACGCUCUGACUGGACCCAACAAAUGGCGUGACACCCAGAAACCUAAAGAAAUCCUUGACGAUUACUGCAAGAAGAAUAACAUACCUGGACCCUUCUACUAUGGAGCUACCAAAGUCACUGUCGACGGCAAGAUGUACAAUCUCGCUGAUUUCGAGCUGAACCGGGUCCACACUGACCACGAGGGGCCAGCCGAUGAGCGUAUGGCCUUACAUGUCUUAAGAGCGCAGGGAUUAGUCAAGGAGCACCUUGAGACGAGACCUCUGUACAGCCCGCUGCUCCCUGGCAUUGAGCAGGGCAAACUGCAGAUGUGGGUCGACAUCUUCCCCCUGAAUCUCGGUCCGCCCGGAGAGCCUUGCGACAUCUUGCCACGCAAACCCAAGAAGUAUACCUUGCGUCUUGUAGUCUGGAAUACCAAAGAUGUCAUCCUGGAUGAGACGUCUAUCACUGGAGAGAAGAUGAGUGAUAUCUACGUCAAAGGGUGGAUGUCCGGCCAAGACGAGAAACAGGAGACCGAUGUGCAUUACCGAUCACUCAACGGGGAAGGGAACUUCAACUGGAGAUUUGUCUUCCCGUUUGAGUACAUUCCACCAGAGAAAGUAAUGGUCAUCAGACAGAAGGAACACUUUUGGAGUCUGGACAAGACUGAAUCCCAUGUACCACCAAUCCUAGCCCUUCAAAUAUGGGACAACGACAAGUUCUCAGCCGAUGACUUCCUUGGUACGCUUGAGCUGGACUUGAACAACAUGCCGGCUCCAAGAAAGAAGUCCCGGCAGUGUAGUCUGAAACAGUUGCCGGACAACAAAGAAGGCAAGGAGGUGGAGAUGGUGUCACUGUUUGAACAGAAACGCGUCAAUGGAUGGUGGCCGUGCUUUAGUGAGGAGACUGGGGAGCGAGAACUAACCGGAAAGCUUGAGAUGGAAUUGGAGAUUGUCAGCGAGCAGGAGGCCGAUGAGAGACCCGCUGGAAAGGCCAGGGAUGAGCCAAAUGCUAACCCAACUCUGGAUCCGCCCAAUCGUCCAGAGACUUCAUUCUUGUGGUUCACAUCCCCGUGGAAGACUCUCAAAUUUAUCAUCUGGAACAACUACAAGUGGUACAUCAUCGGGUUCUUCCUGGCCCUCAUCAUUAUCGCCUUCGUCGUACUCUUCAUCUACAGUGUGCCAGGAGUCACAGUCCAGAAGAUAUUUGGGACCAGGUAGGUUGAAGUCCUAACAGGAAGGGGCUGAAGUCCUAAAUGGAAAGGGCUGGAGUGCUAAGAGGUAGGGGCUGAAGUCCUAAGUUGAAGGAGCUGAGCUGAAGUCCUAAAAAGAAGGGGCUGAGGUCCUAAAAGGAAGGGCUUAAGUCCUAGAAGGAAGAGGAUGACAGACAAUCACAAGAAAUAAUCUGUGUGUCCAAUUGUAAAAAUAUGGAACUAUUACAAUUUAUAUAGUUGUCAAAUUAUAUAGUUGUCAAAUUUGAUGGUUAAUUCUUGUUUCAUAUCCGCACAUGAAUGUUCACUGCUUGACUGAACUGUUCCAUUUUCUGGACGUGUUUGAAAAAUAACUUUAAAAUUGACAUUUCAAGCAAUGAAAUCAAGCUAAAAUAAAACAUAAAAUGAUCAAUUCAGAAGUUAAAGUGUUUAUUUACAGGAGUUAUGAACUCACUUUGAUAACAAAAUUUAAUUAUUUAUAAGUUGGUGGAAUUGUUGUCUAAUCAUGUAGUUACGGAAUUGUUCAAACAGAAAGUGAUAUACUCAUAUAACAUUAUAUACUUUUGAUAUAUUAUGGUUACAGUUAAGGGUAUAGAUGAUUAUGUUACUAGAUUAAGAAUAUUCAUUAUCCAAGUGAAGUAAGAGUGUGUAGUUAAAAAAAAAUGACGAAGCCAAGUAGUUUUAUAAAGUCUUUCGGUAACUACUUUAAGAUAUAGGUUUAGGAUAUAUUCUUUAUAGAGUUGUUUUGAAAAAUAUCAAAAUUUAUAUGAUUAUUCGAUAUUGAUAAUUAAUUUGAAUAAGUCCUUGAUGUUUAUGAAAACAAUACCAAUGAAUUGAGUGUCUGCAAGAAAUUAUAAAAUUACAAGCAGAUAUAUAUCAGCCUAAGCAAAACUAGAAGAUAUUUAGUCUUGAAUUAUUGUAACUCAAAGUAACAUUUUUUUUCCCCCAUUUUUUUUUUCAAUAUUAAACAGUGUAUAAGGCAAUAAUAUGGAGAGUAGAUACAUUACCUCUGAUCAGUGACUCUAUAAACUUUUAUUUUUCAUCAAGUAAAAUGUAAAAACUUUCUUUACAAAGGAAAGAGUUUUUGUUUGAAUCAUGUAAGGCCCCCUGCUGUCGAUUUCACAAAGAGUUAGGACUGUCUUACCUCGAGU